AUGUCUAAUUCGCUUGCAAAUCAACAAAAUCCACUCAUAAAUUUUCGUCAAACACCAAAUUUUUGCACAUUAAUACUUUCCAUAGCAAACAUAGAUCAAGAUUUGCUCCAGAUUGAUUUUGAGGAUGAAAAGACCACUAUAAAAAUACCAGAUCUAAGUUUUACAACCACAAUUUCACAUCCACCAACUGUCUCGCAAUCAAAUCGGUACUCGACUUCCGCGGAAAAUCUUGUAAUCUUAAUUGAAAAACGCCACAGGAAUCGCGAAUGGCAGAGUAUAUUGAUUGACAACCACGAAAAGUGGUUUUUGACCGAAGAUAAUGUAAAAAAAUGCGCUAAGUUGGCUGAGUCUGGGUCUAGAUGGACCCAUGCUGCGAUUGCUCCAAAAAUCACCUCAAUGCGUGCUUUUCACGAUCGUGAUGGGAUACUUGCUCAGAUUGAGACAACAAUAACAGAACCCAAUUCAAAUACAUAA